CACAGAGGGGCGCGCACUUGCCCCGCUGGCUUUCUGCGGCGCGGCGGCCUCAGAGCUCCUCUUGCUUCAGACCCGUGAGGCGGCGGCCGUUCCCGCCACACGCUCCCGCCGCUCGUCCACCGCCGCCCCCUCGGCGCCGCCCAUGCUUAGGACAAGAGGGGCUUAGAGCAUCACAAGAUCCCUAAGUUCCUUUCCUGCUCUAGAGGAAAAUAGCCCGGAGCCCAUUCUCAUUUACGUAUUCGUAGUCCCCCCCUCCCCCCCACCCCGCCAAGAGCUUCCUGACGUCUCUUCUGACCACGCCAGGUCGCCCCCUGUCAGCAUGAUUCCCUGCAGAGCCGCGCUGUCUUUUGCCCGAUGUCUGAUCCGGAGAAAAGUCGUCACUCUGGACAAUCUAGAGGAUUCCAAAUUAUGCCGCUGCUUGUCCACCAUGGAUCUCAUCGCCCUGGGGGUUGGAAGCACUCUCGGCGCGGGGGUUUAUGUCCUUGCUGGGGAGGUUGCCAAGGCAGACUCGGGUCCCAGCAUCGUGGUCUCCUUCCUCAUUGCCGCCCUCGCCUCGGUCAUGGCAGGCCUCUGCUAUGCCGAAUUUGGGGCCCGAGUUCCCAAGACUGGGUCUGCGUAUUUGUACACUUACGUCACUGUUGGAGAGCUGUGGGCCUUCAUCACUGGCUGGAAUCUCAUUUUAUCUUACGUGAUAGGUACUUCAAGUGUUGCAAGAGCAUGGAGUGGCACCUUUGAUGAACUUCUUAGCAAACAGAUUGGCCAGUUUUUCCAGACAUACUUGAAGAUGAAUUAUACUGGCCUUGCAGAGUAUCCUGACUUUUUUGCUGUAUGCCUUAUAUUACUUCUGGCAGGUCUUUUAUCUUUUGGAGUAAAAGAGUCAGCUUGGGUGAAUAAAGUCUUCACGGCUAUAAAUAUCCUGGUCCUUCUCUUCGUUAUGGUUGCUGGGUUUGUGAAAGGAAACGUGGAAAACUGGAAGAUCAGUGAAGAGUUUCUCAAAAAUAUAUCAGCAGGAGCCAGAGAGCCGCCUUCUGAGAAUGGAACAAGUAUCUAUGGGGCUGGUGGCUUUAUGCCUUACGGUUUCGCAGGAACUUUGGCUGGGGCCGCAACCUGUUUUUAUGCCUUUGUGGGAUUUGACUGCAUUGCAACAACUGGUGAAGAAGUCCGGAAUCCUCAGAAAGCUAUUCCUAUUGGAAUUGUGACUUCUUUGCUUGUUUGCUUCAUGGCCUAUUUUGGGGUCUCUGCAGCUCUAACACUCAUGAUGCCAUACUACCUCCUUGAUGAAAAAAGCCCCCUUCCUGUAGCAUUUGAGUAUGUUAGAUGGGGUCCUGCCAAAUACGUCGUUGCAGCGGGCUCCCUCUGUGCUUUGUCAACAAGUCUUCUUGGAUCCAUUUUCCCAAUGCCUCGUGUAAUCUAUGCUAUGGCGGAGGAUGGGUUGCUUUUCAAAUGUCUAGCUCAAAUCAAUUCCAAAACGAAGACACCAAUAAUUGCUACUUUAUCAUCGGGUGCAGUGGCAGCCGUGAUGGCGUUUCUGUUUGACCUGAAGGCACUUGUGGACAUGAUGUCAGUUGGCACCCUCCUGGCCUACUCCCUGGUGGCAGCGUGCGUCCUCAUCCUCAGGUACCAGCCUGGCUUAUCUUAUGAGCAGCCUAAAUAUUCUCCUGAGAAGGAAGCUCUGAGACCAUGUGCCGGUGAUGCCUCGAAAAGCACAGCCCAGGUCCUCAGGCUGCAUGGGCAGGGCUUCAGCCUAAGGCCCGCCUUCAGCCCCUCUGCCCUGCCCACCCAGCAGUCAGCUUCUCUCGUGAGCUUUCUGGUAGGAUUCCUUGCGUUUCUCAUUUUGGGCCUGAGUGUUUUGACCACAUAUGGAGUCCACGCUGUCUCCAGACUGGAAGCAUGGAGCCUCACCCUUCUGGUGCUGUUGCUUGUGCUCUGCAUCGCCAUCGUUCUCACCAUUUGGAGGCAGCCCCAGAAUCAGCAAAAAGUUGCCUUUAUGGUUCCCCUCUUACCGUUUUUGCCAGCCUUCAGCAUCCUGGUGAACAUAUACUUGAUGGUCCAGCUGAGUGCAGACACUUGGAUCAGAUUCAGCAUUUGGAUGGCACUUGGUUUCCUGAUUUACUUCACUUAUGGCAUUAGACACAGUCUGGAGGGUAAUCUGAGGGAUGAAGGUGAUGAUGAAGAUUCUUAUUCAGACAACAUUAAUGCAGCCAUGGAAGAAAAAUCAGCCAUUCAAGCCAGUGACCACCACCAAAGAAACCUCAGUUUGCCUUUCAUAUUCCAUGAAAAAACGAGCGAGUGCUGAUGGUCUGCAGUGUGACGGACACCUCCUCCAUGCAGUGAGCCGGGCAGGAUGUCACGUCACGCUAUGAUGUCAGGGUUUUGCCGCAGACACAGCUCACCCUAAUUUAUACUGACUCACCUGGACAGCACCUCCUCAGCUGGUGAAUUAUGUUCCUGGGGAAACCUCCUGAGCCCUCUCCUCAGUGAUGAAUACCCCACUGCAUAGUGUAGAGAGAGCGUGUGUGUGUGUGUGUGUGUGUGUGUGUGUGUGUGUGUGGUGUGUCUGGGCUGGAGAACAGCAAUGUUGAAAGUUGUUGCUGUUUACUGUUACUGCCUUACAUUUUCCCAUGCUGUCAUUAAUGGUGGCAUAGGCUGCAUAGACUGAAAUGCAGGGGAUCGCGGACUGCAGAGUGUUUUGUAUGUGCCUGGUGUGUGAGGGGAAAUAACUGUUGCUUUUCCUUAUUAGGCUUCAUUAAUGUCAGUUUAGAACAUGCUAAAAACGCAGUUAUGCAACUUCAUGUCUGUCGUCAGUGAGGAGUAAGAGGAGGGGACAAGAAAUGAGCCUUUUCUGUAACUUAUAAAUGCCAGCAGUGGGUUUAGUACAGGUCUUUCUCCUGUGAGGUAUGACGGUUUGCUAAAACUGUAGCCUGUAGGAGUGUUUGUGUCUGCCACACUACACAGUACGGGCGGGAGCCAGGUGGCACCCCGUGGGGCUGUUGUCUCCUCGGAGGGGCCCCACCACUGGGAGUGGUGAACCCGCCUCAGCCCAGUCUGGCUGGACAAAGGCCGUGUGAUAUACUCGGGCUCUCCAGUCCCCAGGGCCAGAAAGCUUGUGUAAGUGGCAAUGAUGAGGAUGUGUUCAAAAAUCAGAGAUACAUGCUUGGGAAAGUAUACACCAAGCACCCUUGUUUUAAAAGUCACUUAAAAUAAGCCCAUAAAAUCUCCUGGAUCACAUAAUUGGUGGAGUGAUUCAUGCUUUUUUCCAUUACUUAAUAAUAACUAGUCACAGUUCAGGUUUUUUUUUAACCUUAUCAGACACAGAAUUCACUCCUCUGUUUCUAUUAUUAUUCUGUCUUGUCCUACAUAUGAACGGCUACAGUAGUAGCAAAUUCUAUCUUCACUGCAUGCAAAAGAAGAAAAAAAUGAAGGGAUAUAGGAAAAGAAAAUACCCAUGUUCUGCUUUUUUUAAAGUGCCUAUUCACAUAACAAAGGGUAUUCGGCCCAAUUUAAGGGGUUCAGAUCAAAUUUGCCUCUGAUGUUUCUUCUGGAAACAUUUAGGGAUGUUUUUUUUUUCUUCCCUGAUCCCAUCAACUGUGUGCCACUUGCAAUCUCAUUUAUUUUUAAACAACCACACUAAGGCUAUUAAUACAAACCCCAGUAUUAUACAAUAACCCAUCAGUGGUUGGGGAAUUAAAUAUUUUCAUUAAAUACAUGAUUUUUUAAAACUUCAAGCUAAAAAAAUUAACCAAAUCAAAUAAAAGCUAUGUAAACACAGUAACCUUUAUAUAAGUAAAUAAGUAACUUAUAUGUGAGAUUACUACAGUUUAUAGGGUUCUCUAAUAAUGGAUUAUUUAUCUGCAGUGUGGUUUGCUUCUCAUGAGUAAUUUUUCUUACAAAGAAUUAAAUGGUUCACUAGAUGAGGCUAAAGGCUAACCCUUUACAUAUGUACACACAUGGGUUACGUUCCCAGGAUGAACAUUAUCAAGCACACCAGUUGACCACCUUAAUCCAAAGGCAAGGAAAACAUUUGUUUUCUGUCAGCUCUUCCAAGAGAUUAAUUAUUUUAUUGAUGCCAUUAAAAUGCAAGUUGUGAUUUGUCGUUUUGUCUAACCAAGAGUUCAGUGUGACUAGGUAUCGAAUAAACAGGUAGAAAGCCUGGGUUUCUGGCUGCUGGUACUUUGGCAUCCUUGACAUAGAACUCGGUAUUGGACAUUCCAUAAUUUCCAGUGUGCACGUGGUAAAAUGAGAAGCCCAGAAUACUCUCUCAAGCUGCAUGUUUAAUAGGAAGAGUUGAAUACAAAAGGUGAGAUAUUUUUGUAAGGACUCUAGGCAUACUCAUAAAUCCUUGCUGGCAGUACACUGAAAACCCUUUUACUCUGUAAUCAGUCUAGAAUAGGCCCUUCACACCUGGAAUAUAAGGAAUUUCAUACAUGAAUACUUAAAUCUUUUACUAUGACAAAACCAAGUAAUUUGUUUAGAACGUGAUAGGCAGCUAGAACUAUUAUGCCCACUGUGUCCAAUUAGGAGCAUAAUUUAGGUAAAAAUUACUUUUCCACAUUGAAACACUUUGCAAACAUGAAUAUCUAUGAAAAGACACUUUGUCAGUGACUUUUUUCUGUGAAGACUAAAAAUAUGUGAGUACAUAUCUGUAUGUAUAUAUUUCAGAUGUCAGUGUAUAUGUCAGUUAGGUUAAUGUUGGUCUUUGGAAAUGAUACCUUCAUGUAGAUAAAAAAAACCAAGCUGGUGUGGAGAAAAAUUAAUGUUUUAUAUCGAUAGGUAUACUUUCAUGAAAUUUUUAGGUUUUAAACUGUUUUGAAAUAUACAUUAUAUGUGUAGUAUUUUCUAUAGGUUCUUUAAGAAAGAUAUAUUUAUAAUGCUUCUAAUAUGAAAUCACUGAAGUCUAGUAUAUUAUAACAGGUGCUUUAUAAUCUGAAAUGGAGUAGGUGUUUGUGGGUAUUUGUUUCCUUGGUGCUAUGGCACCUUUUCUAACAUCUUAGUGUGUGUCUAGUAGUAAAAGCCCAUUUCCCAGCCCUUUUACACCCACCCCUGUUCCUGUGUCAGAAUUCAUAACCGUUUGAGCACGAUCUUAGGAUUACCAACAUGUUUUGUAUAGACUUGACUAGUAAUCAGUCACACUUACAUAAGGUCCUCUCCAGAAAUUAAAAAGUGCAUGCACAUAUUCUCUUCAUUGUGACUGAGUAAAAAACAGCUUGAAUUACUUUUCUUUUCUAUACUAGGGAAUAACGCUCUCAACGUUUUCAACAAGAAAUGUCUUAUAGUAGCACCUUUGUUUUUACAGAGAUGAUUUGUGCAUAGCCAUAGAAAGGCCAUGCCUACCUUAUAUUUAAGAAGGAAAUUAUGCAAAUUCAAGUUUAAAAAUUAUGAAUCAGCUUUAUAUUAGAAAUACAUUAGAUACUGAAAUAAAGGAUAUUUUUAACUUUCUAUUUUAAUAGUAACCAAAAUAUUUUCUAAGUCCUAGGUAUUUGCAGGUAGUUGUUAGAACAUUUUGAAUUAGAAUCUGUAUUUACCAAAUUAUUUCUUAAAUUUAUUUGAAUGCUUAGCAGGGAGAAUAAGAAAAAAUACUCACCUUCCAGUAUUGAUGCCAGAGGGAGCAGAUUAGUUUUAUCUUCUUUCAACUUAAACCAGGGCAUAUGCUGAGAUUGUAAAACCAUGUGAUAAUGUUGUGCCAGCCAAGAUGUCAACUCUCCCUUCCCCAUGAUGUCACUUAUGGUGGUCUCUGUCUGAUUUUCUCCUGAUGCCCUAUAAGCGCCUGUUAGUCAACACCAAAAAUAUAAUUUCCACAGAACUGUAAAGGGUUGGGUUUAGAGUGUACAGCACAGAGCAUUAAAAUUCACAUAAUUAUCAGUGUGUGAAGUUUGGUGGGGGGAGUAGGUGGAAUUCUUUUUUUUUUUUUUACUAGUGCCUUCUCUGUACAUUUUCUACUUACAUUCUCUAACACAUCCUAAAAUAUCAAGGGAAAAAGUACCAAAGGUCACAUAGUAUGUAAUGCCAACACAGGUCAUAUUUGUAGUCAUGUAGAUUUGGAAAUAAGAUUGCUUGACUUUGUUCAGUGGAGAUUUUUUUUUUCUCCUUAUGUAAUUCUGUUUAAACAUUUUUAAAUGGCUUUGUGGCUUCUGGACUUUGAGAGGCCCUCUCUGUUUUUGUUGUGGUUGUUGGUUUGGCUGUUGGUCUCUGUAACACUUGUUACUCUUUGUAUGUACACAGUUUAGUCUUAACUGAUUUCAAAUGCAUUCUUUUAUGGCUCAACCCAGCGAGCAGCCCUGUCUGCCAGGAGCACCAUACUUAGUUUUUAUACCACAGUCUCUGGCCUUGAAGAGCCUUCACUGACCAUUGGGGCUCGUUGGGAAUCAUAACUAGGAACCUGGGCUGGUUCCAGGGCCAGGCAGCCUGCAAAGUGUAUCUGUAACUACUCCUGUUGGGUGAGGUCUUGGGGUGACAGGGUAGGGUGCCAAGUGAAAGACUUCACAUGAAAGUACUCCUUAAUUUCAGUUCUGACUGUCCCAUGAAUGGGGUCCUUAAUUUCAGUUCUGACUGUCCCAUGAAUACAUCACAAUGAAUGAGAAGGACCAGGGAACCUCCAUGACUCUUGGAAAAGACGGUUGCUUCCUGGAACUGGCUCCACAGGGUGCGAACCCCUGCAGUUCCUGCGUGGGCACUGACAGCCUUCGGUUGGAAAGUGUGUGGGUCCAGGCUCAGCUGAUAAAGAUCUUGUGAUGCUAACAGGGCGGGUUUCUCUGGCCCGGGCCUGGCUGACAGGCUCUUCAUUUUUACUGUCCACUAGGGGUGCCCAGUGAUUUUAUUGCUUUAUUUGUUAUUACUGUACUUAAUAGAAACUGUUAAGAGCCCAAGACCCUAUAUGUAGAAACUCUGUCUGUAAAACCCAGCAGAUAUAUUGGAUAUGUGUGAAUGUAAACAUUUUUUGUGUAGUAGGUUAUUUUAAAUUUAACUGUUUUAAAUGAUAAUUAGUGUUCCUUUUUACUUAUACAGUUGUUAUUUUUUAGAAUUUGUUAUGAAUAAGAACUGUGCUGCUUUACCCCUGUAAAAUAUGCUUUCUAAUGUGACCAUGUAUUUUUAGAAUAAAUUUUAAUAUGUCUUGUCAUAA